GUGGUCCAGUCGGCUGCCUCCGGACCGGGUAGAGCGGGCCGGAUGUAGCCCAGUAUUGGAUUCUUCAUGGCCAACAACUGGUUUUGAAUAAGAUUUCAGCUAAUAUGGUUCAAGCGAUUAAGUGGAAACGAUUUCAGUUGGAGACGUAAAGUCUUGGAAGAGGCCGACAGAGCUUCACUUGUGUUGAAAAUGCUGGGAGACAGAGUGCAGUCAGCUACAAAAGAAAAUCUUUACAAAGACCCCACAUUUCCAGCAAGCGACACCUCCCUAUUUUUUAACUAUUCCACCCCACUAUCACAAUUCAAAGGGGAGAUUUCCUGGCUGAGACCUCAGGAAAUUUGUUCUGCUCCUCGAUUGUUUUCAGACAAUCCACAGGAGGUGCAAGUGAAGCAAGGGAUUUUGGGAGAUUGUUGGUUCCUGUGUGCCUGUGUUGCUUUGCAGAAGAGUAAAUACCUGCUAACUAAGGUAAUUCCUCCAGGUCAGCCCAGCUGGACAGAUGAGACAUACACAGGCUGUUUCACUUGUCAAGUCUGGCAAUUUGGACAUUGGGUGGAGGUAACCAUUGAUGAUCGCCUGCCUUGCCUUGGGUGUAAACUCUGCUUCUCCCAGUGUCAGACAGAAGAUGUGUUUUGGCUUCCCUUACUGGAAAAGGUCUAUGCCAAGGUGCAUGGGUCUUAUGAGCAGUUAUGGGCAGGGCAAGUGGCAGAUGCUUUAGUUGACUUGACUGGAGGUCUAGCUGAGAGAUGGACCCUAAAAGACCCUGGAAGAAGCAUGGAAAGAGAGAGGACUGGUAGAGUUUUGGAGAAGAUGGUAUUUAGGAGACUGAUGAACCUGAAGGAACGAUGUGUGAUAAGUUGCUCAGUCCUCAGCUCCAGGCAAGGUGCCAGUGAACUGGGAGAAUUUCAUGCCUUUAUUGUCUCAGAUAUGCUUCAUCUCUCCAGAGUCUCGGGCAAGGAAAUCAUCUUGCUACGAAUACAAAACCCUUGGGGGAGGCGGUGUUGGAAAGGACACUGGAGGGAAGGUGGUCAAGGGUGGAGCCAAUUGGAUCCAGUAGUUGCUUCAGAAUUGCUUUCCCAGAUCCAGGAAGGAGAAUUCUGGGUUGAGGAAGAGGAGUUUUUCAAGGAGUUUGAUGAGAUUACCAUUGGAUUUCCAGUCACUGAAGAUGGACAGCUUCAGAGCCUCUAUACAGAGAAAGUGCUGAGUCAUACUCAGAAUCUCUGUGGAUCCUGGGUGAAAGGCCAGUCUGCAGGUGGUUGCCGUAACAACAAUAGCUUCCCUAUUAACCCCAAGUUCUGGCUGAGGAUAUGUGAGCAGAGUGAGGUGUGCAUUGCUCUUCUGCAGAAACCCAGGAAGUACUGUGCUGAUUGGGUUGGAAGAACUCGGAAUCUGACCCGCUUAGCAGAGGAAGGUUCAUCUCUGACUGAAGACAUUCAAGGGAAGAAUUACCAGGCGGUGGGACUGCAUAUCUGGAAGGGAAGCUGUGUGAGAAAAGGGACUACAGUCCCCAGUGAAAUUCUGUCCAGCACUGCUCAAGGGCACAAGAAGGGGGAAGCAUUUUCCCCACCCCGAAUUGCUCACCCUCAUGAGUGCUAUCCUGAAUCUGACCCUUCGAGACAGGUGGAGAAGAGGCGGUUUAACCUACCAAAGACCCUCUCUGCUCCUCCGGUUGUAGGUACCAUUUGUCAUUCUUAUGACAGAGAAGUACAUCUGCACUCUGACCUUGCCCCUGGUUAUUACCUUAUUGUCCCUAGCACCUUUCUGAAGGAUGCAGAAAGCGACUUUCUGCUUCGUGUAUUCUCAACGGGGAGAAUCUGCCUCAGUGAGAUAAAACCGCCACCCACUGAUGCUACCCUCUGUGAAGAGCUCCCACCAGGUGAAUGGGAGACUGUGCAGCUACAGGGAUGCUGGAAAAAUGGCCAAAGUGCUGGAGGUAGCAGGAACUUCCACUCCUUCCAUACCAAUCCCUGCUUUCCCCUCUCCGUCCCUGCAGGAACAGAAGAGCGCAGCAUGAAAGUCACCCUUCGCCAGCACUGUCAAGAUAGCAAGUGUCGUCCAAUAGGGUUUCAUAUCUUCCAGGUGCCUAAUAGCAGUUGGAAACCACAUACUUGUUCUUUUCUGCACUUGGAGCCACUGGUUAGCUGUGUACCUCACUGCUACUCACAGGAAGUGAGCCAACUGUGCCGACUCUCUGCAGGGAAUUAUGUAAUUGUACCUUCCACGUACUUGCCUAAUACCGAAGGCAAUUUCACAGUGGUCAUAACAACCAAAAUAGACAGGAAACGCAUUCAGAGCCAGGAGACCCUUGGACAAAUAUUGCAAGAAGUCUCCUUUACAGCUGUGAUGAAAAGGUAAUUUGGAAUUCUCACAUCAACAUCAUAACAGUAGAGAGACUAGAAAAGCCUGACCUUUGGCUAUUUUCAAUUUGAAAUGAAGUAACCAGAAAAUACCCUGAGCCCGGUGGUUUUCCAUUCAGACUGACUUCCAGCCUGGUGACGUCCUCUCUGAAAAGAUACCUCCUUGACCACAUGCAUCCUGAUGAGCAUUCGUCCCCUCCAUAUGUUUUACUACCAGCGACAUACAACUGGACUUAAUGCUAUACCUCAGUUCUUCAAAAAUAUGGACAAAGGAUAUGUGCACAUGUUUUAACUCAAGCUGCAGUUUUAAAAUUAAAGCAGGAAAAAAAUGUGAUCUGUGUACAUAAUGAAAGAACAUUUGGUGAAGAAUAUCCAAGUUUACAAAACAACCUCAGGAGACCAGGGGAGGAUAGGAGGAGUGGAGGGGAAAGAAACUGGAGUUCCUUUUUCAGGAAGGAAAGACUAGGAUCCAACAAAGUACACUGGAACAGGGAUAGACCAGAUCUAUAUCUAUCACUGCCAGUCUUAUUUCUGAGCACUUUAUCAUGGCCCUGCUACUAUGAAUGUUUGUCAUGAAACUGUAAGUUUGGAAAGGAUGAGUUUAGAUGAGUUUGUCUUACACCAUGUGAACACCUGGAAAGAAGGAAGAAAUGACUUUUGCAAAGCUGUUGGUUUGAAACGCCAUAUAAGACAGUAUUUUUGUUACUAGUAACCAGAAUGUUGUUUUCUUAAUUCCUGUUAAAAUAUUUCUUACUCAAGUGUGGGUUUUUUUAGAUAUUGUAUUUUCUUUAAUAAAUAUACGGUGAUG